AAUAAAAACUCUUUUUUAAAUCAGAAUGCUCGCUUUAUCCAGCUUAAAUCAACUUAUUCUAGUACUGCAGUUUGGGCAUCUUACUAACCAAUCAUUACAUUUUGCAGAUCUCAAAGGCUUGCAGAUUGUGGACCUAAAGGGACUCGAGUUUAUGGAAACCGUGCCGGCGAUUCAGUUCUCCAAGACCCAGCGCGGUCGCAUCAUGCUCAUCUACGAGGGCUACAAGUACGUGGAGAACCGACAGAGCAACAAAAACGUCUUCUGGCGGUGCUCCAAGUAUGUCAAGUUUGGCUGCCGAGCGACUUGUGUCACCUCGAAGAAUCCGAACGACUUUCCGAUCAGGCUCGCCGGCAGUGCCCACUCGCAUGGUCCGGAAAAGAUCUACCCGAGCGAUAAGGUUAUCGUGCCGACGGAUCAGGAGAUUCAGGCUCUUACAAAUCUGAGGCCGGGUAGAUCUUCCAAUCAGUAGUAGAAAAGUGUCAAACGAAUAUUGUGUGGCCUCGUUUGGGUUCACCCAGCGCGGGUACAUAAUGCUGCUGCACGACGGCUAUGGUUUCACCAAAGAUCGCCAGACGGCGAAAGGCAGCAACUGGAAGUGCUCGCUGUUCCGGCGGAUGAAGUGUCGUGCCCGGGCCAUUACCCGGACCAUCAACGGUGCAGACAUGAUGAAAAUUACCCAGCCAUAUCACACGCACGGCCGGGACGAGUACCGGGUGGAGAUGUGAAACCGAAUAAACAACAUUCUAGUACUGCACUAAACAGAUAUUUUAAUCUAAUCUAGUCUACUACUUUUCAGAAUACUCUACCAACUUUCUCUAACAAACUCUACACCCCCGUCCCCAUUUCAGCUGAAUCGUACACGCUGGCAGUUUUUGGCACAACGCGCCGCGGCUUCCAGAUGCUGCUGCACGACGGCCACCGGUUCGUGCGCGAACGCCAGAAGGCCGCCACCACCAACUGGAAGUGCGCACUGCACUCGAAGAUGCGCUGCAAGGGCCGGGCAGUGACGCGCGAAGUCGACGGGCACCACUUUGUGCGGAUUACCUGCCGGCAGCAUACGCACCCGCCCACCGGGUACGAGGGGAUUAGAUCUAAAAAUGGAGAAAAGUGAUGAGAGAGGGUGACACAUUGCACGAUCAACCACAAAUUGUAACUUUUUGUUACUGCAGUACUAGAAUUUUCACAUAUAAUUUAUUGAUUUUGAUGGAAUGAGUUUGAUCAUUCCUUAAUUGAUACCACGUGUUACGAUGGCUACAGAUAGAAUACUAGAUGAUGACAUUAUUGGCUGUGUACGAAUUGUUUUAAUUACGAACAUGCAAACAGCUUACCAAUCACAGUUUUGUUUGAUUUGAUUUUAAUCUAGUACUACGACAAUUAUGUUUUUUAAACAUGAUUUUUCAAAACUGUCUUGCAAAUUCUAGUAAAUAAAUUCUAUUGCACCAUUAAAAUAAAACAAAAACCCAAAAUCAAUCAAACUACGAGCUUCAUUACAACAAAACCUAACGAUUCUAGUACCAACUUAUCGCGCAUAACUAACACUAAUCUUUCCCACCCCCCAUACCAGACGACAAAACGGGCUUCACCGAGCGAGCCUUCUACGAGUUCACGUCGCGCGGCACGCAGUGUCUCGUGUACGACGGGUACUACUUCAGCAAGAACAAGACGAACGAGGGCGGCGUGCGGGUGAACUGGAAGUGUCGGUUCUACCAGCGGCUCAAGUGCAAGGCGCGGGCACUGACGCGCACGAUCAACGGGCACGACUACGUGAAGGUAUCCAACGCGGAGCACACGCACGUACGCGAAGUCGAGGGUCGCUGCGGCCGGCGGAAGCGGCGGAAAUUGGUGCCGGAAGGGAAGCUGGGAGAGGGCGUGGUGACGCCGUGAGUGCAUGGCGUUUGCGAGGAGCUGGAAAAAUUGUAAAGCUUUAAUCAGGUCCAAAUUAUGAAAAUAAAAAAAAUGUGAACAGUA